AUGUCGAGGAGAAGGACCAGAAUGAAAGACAUGGACAACAUCAAAACUGUGAAGAAAGAAUGGAUGUGUAAAUCGGGGACUGGCGAUCAGAUUUUGAGUGGUACAGAACAAAACUGUGACUACUUUGUAGAUAACCUUUUUGAAGAAGCUCAGAAGGUUGGUGCUAUAUGUAUGUCCCCAACUACAGUCAAGAACCAGGUUGAUGUAAUCAUUAAACUUUGGAAAAAUGGGUUUACAGUAAAUGACGGUGAACUUAGGAGCUACACUGAUGUUGCAAACCAGCAGUUCUUGGACUCAGUUAAAAAAGGGGAACUGCCUUUUGAGCUACGAAAAGUUUUUGAUAAGGAGGAGGUAGAUGUGAAAGUGGAAGAUAAAAAGGAUAAGGUGUAUUUGUCAUCGAAAAAGCAAAUGUUUCAUCCCUUUUCUGGACAUGGUUACAGAUUAGGAAG